GGUCUAAUCCCUGAGCAGGAUUUACUGCAGUGCAAACACCAGUCUGGAGAGGAUGGAACUGAAUUAUGGAUAUGUGCUGACAAAGGAGUUGGAAUAAGACUGAGUCCUGCUCUGUGAUAUUUAUAUACCUGGACCAUGAGCUUGCUUUUUGGCUUUAUGCUUUAGGAACCUUUGUAGUAACAGUGUGAGGCUGUUGGGAAUCAUGGCAUUCUCUCCAUGGAAGCUGUCCUCCCAGAAACUUGGCUUUUUUCUGGUGACUUUUGGUUUUAUUUGGGGAAUGAUGCUUCUGCAUUUUACUAUUCAGCAACAAACACAACAUGAAAGCAGUUCAGUCCUGCGUGAGCAAAUUUUGGACCUCAGCAAAAGAUACAUCAAAGCAUUAGCUGAAGAAAAUAAAAAUGUAGUUGAUGGGCCUUAUGUUGGGACAGUGACAGCAUACGAUUUGAAGAAGACACUUGCUGUCCUGUUGGAUAAUAUCUUGCAGCGCAUCGGGAAGUUGGAGUCCAAGGUGGAAAACCUUGUACUUAAUGGAACAGGAGCAAACUCGACCAACAAUACUACCACUUCUGCUCCCAGCUUAGGAGCAGCUGAAAAGCUUAAUGUAGCAGAUCUCAUAAAUGGAGCCCAGGAACAGUGUGAAUUGCCUCCUAUGGAUGGUUUUCCUCACUGUGAAGGGAAAAUAAAGUGGAUGAAAGAUAUGUGGCGAUCGGAUCCCUGUUAUGCAAGCUAUGGUGUAGAUGGGUCCACAUGCUCCUUUUUUAUUUACCUCAGUGAGGUUGAAAAUUGGUGUCCUCGUUUACCUUGGAGAGCAAAAAAUCCUAAUGAAGAAACUGAUCAGAAAAAAGUGGCUGAAAUUCGUAUCAACUUUGAUAAUCUCUACAAAAUGAUGUCAAGGCACGAGGAAUUCAGGUGGAUGAUGUUGCGCAUCAGACGAAUGGCUGAUACCUGGAUUGAAGCAAUUAAAUCACUUGCAGAAAAACAAAAUUUGGAGAAAAGGAAACGAAAAAAGAUCCUUGUUCAUUUGGGGCUUUUGACAAAAGAAUCUGGAUUCAAGAUUGCAGAAAAUGCGUUUAGCGGUGGCCCACUUGGUGAAUUAGUCCAGUGGAGUGAUUUAAUUACAUCUCUCUACUUACUGGGCCAUGACAUCAGGAUUUCAGCUUCACUGGCAGAGCUCAAGGAGAUUAUGAAGAAAGUUGUAGGUAACAGAUCUGGCUGCCCAACCCAGGGGGAUAAAAUUGUAGAACUCAUUUACAUUGACAUUGUGGGAUUGACUCAGUUUAAGAAAACCCUUGGUCCAUCAUGGGUUCAUUACCAGUGUAUGCUAAGAGUUUUGGAUUCCUUUGGGACUGAGCCAGAGUUUAACCAUGCCCAUUAUGCCCAGUCUAAAGGCCACAAGACCCCUUGGGGAAAGUGGAACCUCAAUCCACAGCAGUUUUAUACAAUGUUCCCUCACACUCCAGAUAACAGCUUCCUUGGAUUUGUGGUAGAGCAGCAUCUGAAUUCCAGUGACAUCAAGCACAUUAACGACAUCAAAAGGCAGAAUCAAUCUCUUGUUUAUGGCAAAGUAGAUAAUUUCUGGAAGGAUAAGAAGGCUUAUCUGGAUGUCAUCCACACCUAUAUGGAGGUCCAUGGGACUGUUCAUGGGACAAGCACCAUGUACAUUCCUGGCUAUGUCAAGAAUCAUGGAAUACUCAGCGGGAGGGAUUUGCAGUUUCUGCUGAGGGAAACCAAACUGUUUGUUGGUCUUGGAUUUCCAUAUGAAGGGCCGGCUCCCCUGGAGGCUAUUGCCAAUGGAUGUGCUUUCCUGAAUUUAAGAUUUAACCCACCAAAAAGUAGCAAAAACACUGAUUUUUUCAAAGGCAAACCUACACUCCGAGAGUUGACAUCUCAGCAUCCCUAUGCUGAGGUUUACAUUGGGAAGCCCCAUGUGUGGACUGUGGACAUCAAUGAUCUUUCUGAGGUUGAGAAGGCUGUGAAAUCCAUUUUGAAUCAAAAGAUUGACCCUUACUUGCCCUAUGAAUUUACCUGUGAGGGAAUGCUUCAGAGGAUGAACGCCUUUAUUGAAAGACAGGAUUUCUGCCAUGGGCAGGUGAUGUGGCCCCCAUUAAGUGCCCUUCAAGUAAAAAUUGCUGAACCUGGAAAAUCCUGUAAGCAAGUCUGUCAGGAAAGCCAGCUCAUCUGUGAGCCUUCCUUCUUCCAGCAUCUCAACAAGGACAAAGCUCUGCUUAGGCAUAACAUCGAAUGUCUCACCAUGGAGUCUGCAAAUGAUAUCCUGGUCCCCUCUUUUGAUGGAAGGAGGAAGCACUGUGUUUUCCAAGGUGACCUACUACUGUUCAGCUGUGCUGGCUCCCACCCUGUGCACAGAAGGAUCUGCCCCUGCAGGGACUACAUCAAGGGGCAGGUUGCACUCUGCAAAGACUGCCUAUAGCAGCAGCAGGGCUGCUCCCACUGGGGACAGCGUGAGUAGUUUGGAGAGGAGUUCCUCAGUACUCCCUGCACUUUGGUCCAGGUUUUCCACUGCAGGCAGAGCUAUCAUUGCUGGGCAGAAUUAUCUACUAAAGAGGAGGGAUUCAUAAUAAACAGCUAGAACUGAUCUUUUCUUCCUGUAAGGACGUUUGCAGUGUCACUCCUCAGAUUCCUUCAGCUGUUUGCGAAGAGAAACGAGUUCAUGUUCGACAGUGGUUUGAAGAUGACUGCACAGAAUAGUUUGUAGAAAAUUUCCAGACCCAUCAAACUUCUGUUUUUGUGUUUUGGGUGAAGUGUUUUCUAUUUUUUUAAUGAGUUAGGACAUCCCCCAUCACGGUUGGCUAAAGGAUCUCAACUUCAUUCCAGUAGAAAAUUGAAAAAAGUGUGCUUGAAGGAGGGGAUGCUGGGGAAGGACUAACAUUUUAUUCAAGGUGCACUGGUUUGGGUACAGCUUUGGCUUGAAUGGCUACAAAGUGGUUUACUUCACAAGGACCUGGAAAAAUGAGAGAGCUCUGUACUCUGCUGUUCGGUUAUUUGGGCCCAGUUUUGUUGUUUUGUUUUUUUUUCCUUUUUUUCAAACUAAAUCUUUGUAUACAACAAGGUAUUGUCUGCAUCACAGCUGCUGCACCAGAGCAGCCUAAGCAGAGUGUCACAAAUGAGCAAAUAGGCAGUUGCCAGCAUGUGACACAUCUUGGUGACUGCACAGCCCACUGGGGUUGUGGCACUCUUCAGUGUGGAAAAGCUACAAAAACACACAACCAUUUUUGGAAUGGACUCAUCACAGUUUACUGGUCCCAUUUAGAGAGCAAUCCUUGGAAUUUGCCCAUGCUUCUGUUGUAGUCUGUCUACUAGAAAUACUGUGUGAAGCAAAAAGUAUUCAGCAUCAUUGGAGCAAUAUUAUCAUUAGAGCCUCAGUUUGCUAUGGCUUCCAGUAGUUAAAGUGUUGCUGAAUGACAUAAAAAGGUUAAUUUAAGCUAACUAUAAUUAUUGUAUGGUAGAAAUGUAAAAUGUCUUCACAACUAGCUAGGUUUUUAAAGAGAAAUUUUUUUCUGGAGGACAAGAUGAGAUAAAGGAGUGAAAAGAAAAGAAUCAAUCAUCUGGGGUUCUUUGUUUUUCUGGCUUUAGGGGGCUGGUUGUUUCUUCUUACCUUUUUAUCAGGCACAGCAAUUGUAAAUUUAAAAGAAAACAAUUUAAAAGUUCAGAAUUUAAAUCAAAGUUGGUUAGGGUUUUUUUGAGAGAAGCAAGUUAACUCAUCUACACUGCCUUUUUUUUACAGAGGUAAUUUUUGUUAUUUUCAGCAGAAGAUGACAUGCUUGACAGCACCAUUUGUAGUCAGGAAGUUACAUGUUAAGAUUAGGGAGAAACAAAUCUGCAGUCAGAGUCUGUAGGUUUGCAAUUUGGACAUGCUCUCACCAUGCUGGAAUAAAACCUCAAAUCAGUACAGAUUUUUUGUUUUUUUAAAGAUUACCAGGUAGUAAUGAAAGGCAUAGAUGCUUUACAUUUUCCUUUCUUGGGCAUAUCUGCUUGGUUCAGAUUUUUCUUGUAAGCAGUGUUCAUUAUCUGUGUAGGAAUAUUGAUGGAUGUGGUGACCUACCAAAGACCAGGCAAGAAAGAUGCUAUUGCACUGUGGAUAAAUCCUCCAGAGCAGUCUAUAAUUUAACUUCCAAUUUAAAAGCAGUGAAUGAGCCUUUUCAAGCAUUUGGUUUCCUGCAUCAACACUCCCAACAGUGUUCCCCUGUACCACUCCAUAACAUCACUGCACAGCACAGGAGGUUGUUGAGUAUCCAAAAAAGGUCUAUGGGAGCUGUUGAACAGCAGGGUCACCAGGAUCUGGGUUUGAUGAUGUGAAAAUCUGCUGUACUUUAGAUUAAUUUUCCAGAAGCAGAACAGCUGGGUUCUCUAAUGGGAGGCAAAAUAUUUGUAUGAAAAGAAAACAAACCCAAACCAGUAUGAAAAUCCCUCCUGUUGCCAUAGCUCAGCAUGUGCUUCAGUCAGCACAAAUGGAGUUUACCAUAGUUUCACUGCCCUGGAAAAGCUGGGGGAGGACAAUUGGAAAUGGGUCUGAGCAGGCACAACUCAUUCUGUAUUUAUAUAAAAUAUCCACUGCAGACCUGUGCAUAUUUGUACAACUAGAAAAUCUUGCCUAUCACAGUGUAUGAACUUCCAGCUGGUGCUGAAAGUAAAGGCAGCAGCAGGACUUGUCUUCACCAGUUCAGCCCAAUGUUUCUUAGGCAGGAAUUGAUUUUGGACUGGGAUAUCACAGAAUUAUGUUGGAAACAAAGAUUGGUGCGUGUGCACUUAAAGGAUGCAAAACAUUUGGGUUUUGCUGUAGUGUAAUUCUUUGCUGUAAAUACAUGUUUGCUUGGUUCCCCCUGCUGUAAGGCCCACAUGGCAAUACAUAAUGCAUUCUAAACCUUUAAAGAUGGGAGGGGUUUGGUAUUUGUUAUUAUAAGAUUUUCUGGUCUAGUGCUUUGCUCAAUGCUAAGUUUGCCUUUACCACAGCAGGGAGAGUUUAUUAUAAGCUCUGUUUUUUCAUGCUGUAGCACUGUUUCUAGUCUGCUGAACUGAAUUACUGCAUUCUGGCAAAAAUGAAACAGCAGCACCGAAGCCGCUUGUGUUUCAGCCAGGGACAGAACAUCCAAAUUGGCUUCAGAGUCAGUGGUCUCUGAUCUUACUUCCACUGAAAAAUCUAGAGAAGACUCAUUAAUCUAGAAGAAUAACAAAUCAAGACCUACAGCUUCAGUCUACAUUCCUGUAAAAGGAGACUAUCAUGGGAACUGUAAGUGCAGAGACUCUGCAAGCAUUGCUCACUGAGCUCCACACGCUCCCGUCACAGCCUCGUGCAGUCAGAAGUUAGUGAGCCCUUCUGCAGGUAAACACUCAGGCAAAUCCAUGUGGGACUAGUGAAGAGUUUGAUUUACUAAAACCUGUCUUAGAU